AUCACUACCGGGCGAACGCGUAAGCACGAGCACGGCGAUGAACGACACCGGCACCGACACCGCGGCGCGCUCCGGGUCCCGCUCCAGGUCCCGCUCCGGGUCCGGGUCCCGCUCCGGGUCCCGCUCCGGGUCCGGGUCCCGCUCUGGGUCCCGCUGCGACCAGCUGGUCUUCUUCGUUAACGGAAAGAAGAUUGUGGAGAGGAACGCGGACCCUGAGACCACACUGCUGACGUAUCUGAGGAGGACGCUGGGUCUGACAGGAACCAAGCUGGGCUGUGCUGAAGGUGGAUGUGGCGCCUGCACCGUCAUGCUGUCACGACCCCAACCGCACACGGAGCGGGUGCUACAUUACGCCGUCAACGCCUGCCUCGCCCCGCUCUGCUCGCUGCACCUGGUUGCCGUGACAACGGUGGAGGGCAUUGGCAGUGUGGCGAGGAAGCUUCAUCCCGUGCAGGAGCGGAUAGCCAGAGCUCAUGGAUCUCAGUGUGGAUUCUGCACUCCGGGCUUCGUCAUGUCCAUGUAUGCUCUGCUGAGGAACAACCCCACGCCCAAGAUGGCUGACCUGGAGGAGGCCUUCCAAGGAAAUCUGUGUCGUUGCACCGGAUACAGGCCGAUCCUCGAGGGGUAUAAGAGCCUCACCGUGGACGGGGGGUGCUGUGGUGGAAGGGGGCGGGACAACGCCUGCUGUCUGGCCAAUGGGAGCGCAGCUGAGACGAGCUCACAGGAAGUCGCUGAUGAGUCAUCGUGUCUGUUCCGCGCUGCCGACUUUGCGCCGUUUGACCCCACGCAGGAAGUCAUCUUCCCUCCUGAGCUCAUGUCCCUCAUCAAAGAUCAAAGGUCGGCCUCGCUGUGUUUCAAAGGUGACCGGGCCACCUGGCUGCAGCCGUGCAGCCUGGACGAAUUGGUGCUUCUGAAAUGGAAACACCCCGACGCCAAGGUGGUGGUGGGGAACACCGAAGUGGGUAUCGAGGUGAAGUUUAAGAACAUGGUGCACCCGAUCAUCUUGGCUCCAGCCUUUAUCCCUGAACUGAACGAAGUGAGACACACUGAGAAUGGCGUGUUGUUUGGUGCAGCGUGCACGCUCAGCCACAUGGGGGCGGUGCUGAGAGAGGAAGUGCAGACUCGUCCGGCUCAUCAGACCGAGGUCUUCCUCGCCGUCCUGGAGCAGCUGCGCUGGUUUGCUGGACUGCAGAUCCGCAACGUUGCAGCGGUCGGAGGAAACAUCAUGACGGCUUCUCCCAUCUCAGACCUCAACCCCGUGUUCAUGGCAACGGGAUGCAGAGUGACGCUGCUGGAUAAAGACGGCCGCCGCGUGAUCCCAAUGGACAAUGCCUUCUUCACCGGCUACAGGAAGACAGCAGUGCGGCCUCAGGAGAUCCUGGUUUCCAUAGAGAUCCCCUACAGCAAGAAGUAUCAGUUCGUCUCCGCCUUCAAGCAAUCCCCUCGGCGUGAGGAUGACAUCAGCAUUGUCACGGCAGCAAUGAGCGUUACCUUUGGCCACGGUGGCGUGGUGGAGGACCUGAAGCUGAGCUAUGGUGGCAUGGCGCCAACCACGGUGAUGGCUAGCAGGACGGCGGAGAGGCUCCUAGGAAGGCGGUGGGGAGAGGAGCUUCUACAGGACGCCUGUCACUCAUUGGCCAAAGAGAUGACCCUCGAUCCCUCGGCGCCCGGCGGCAUGGUGACCUACCGCCGUACUUUGACACUCAGCCUCUUCUACAAGUUCUAUCUAACGGUGCUGCAGAAGCUAGGAGAUCAGGGUGUGAGCGUGGAGGCAGUCCCGCCCGACUGUUUGAGCGCCGCAGAUCUUCACCACUCGGAGACCCCGUCCGGAGUCCAGGUGUUCCAGGCCAUGCCGGAGGGGCAGGGCCAGAAUGACAUGGUGGGGCGUCCUAUGAUGCACCUAUCAGUGAAGCACGCAACGGGCGAAGCGGUGUAUUGCGAUGACCUGCCGCUGUACGAGAACGAGCUGUACCUGGCUCUGGUCACCAGCAGCAAGGCCCACGCCAACAUCCUCUCCAUAGACUCCUCCCUCGCAGAGACUUUACCAGGUGUGGUCUCUUGUGUGUUUGCUGCGGACAUCCCCGGCAGCAACGCCACCGGACCUAUUUUUUACGACGAAACCGUCCUCGCCGACCGCCAGGUGACCUGCGUGGGUCACAUCAUUGGCGCCGUGGUGGCCGACACUCAGCUCCACGCCCAAAGGGCCGCCAAAGCCGUGAGGGUCCAGUAUGAGGAGCUUCAGCCGGUGGUCACCAUCCAGGAGGCUAUUUCUGCCCAGUCCUUCUAUCAGCCAAUCAGAACCCUCCAGAGAGGCGACCUGGAGGCAGGGUUUAAACAGGCCGAUCAUGUCUUGGAGGGUGAGAUGCAUAUAGGAGGUCAGGAACAUUUCUACCUGGAGACAAACGUAACUCUUGCAGUUCCUCGAGGAGAAGAUGGAGAGAUGGAGCUCUUUGUUUCUACUCAGGCUGCUGCUAAAACACAGUCUUUGGUUGCCAAGGCGCUGGGGGUCCCUGCUAAUCGGGUGGUGGUCCGAGUGAAGAGGAUGGGUGGAGGCUUCGGGGGGAAGGAGAGCCGCUCCACACUUUUGUCCACUGUUGUUGCCGUGGCAGCAAACAAGCUGAAGAAGCCUGUGAGGUGCAUGCUUGACAGAGAUGAGGACAUGUUGGUGACGGGAGGAAGACACCCCUUCUACGGGAAGUAUAAGGUGGGUUUCCUCAGUAGUGGGAAGGUGGUGGCUUUAGACGUGUCGUACUAUAGCAAUGCCGGGCACUCCGUGGACCUCUCUUUCUCUGUCAUGGAGCGCGCCCUGUUCCAUAUGGAGAACUCCUACAGCGUGGCUAACGUGCGCGGCCGCGGCUACCUGUGUCGCACCAACCUGCCGUCCAACACUGCCUUCAGGGGCUUCGGGGGGCCGCAGGGCAUGAUGGUCGCAGAGAGCUGGAUGAACGACGUGGCUCAGAGUCUGGACCGGCCGGCCCACGAGGUGCGCAGGUUGAACUUGUACAUGGAAGGCGAGUCGACGCCCUACAACCAGAUCCUGGAUCAGCUCACGCUGGACCGCUGCUGGGACGAGUGUAUGUCCCGCUCCAAGUACCAGGAACGCCGAGCCGCCAUCGACCUCUACAACAGGCAGAACCGGUGGACCAAGCGAGGCCUCGCUAUCAUCCCCACCAAGUUUGGCAUCAGCUUCACGGCCCUCUUCCUCAACCAGGCUGGAGCUCUUGUUCAUAUCUACACCGACGGCUCAGUGCUGCUGACCCAUGGAGGCACCGAGAUGGGCCAAGGUCUCCACACGAAGAUGGUCCAGGUUGCGAGCAGGGUUCUGGGUAUCCCCUGCUCCAAGAUCCACAUUUCUGAGACGAGCACCAGCACGGUGCCCAACACCAGCCCCACUGCCGCCUCCGCCUCCUCUGACCUCAACGGCGCCGCCGUGCAGAACGCCUGCGAGAUCCUCUGCAGACGCCUGGAGCCCUACAAGAGCAGGAACCCCAAAGGAUCAUGGGAGGACUGGGUGAAAGCAGCGUACUUUGACAGAGUCAACUUGAGCGCUAACGGCUUCUACAAGACCCCGGAUCUGGGUUACGACUUUGACACCAACUCGGGCCGAGCAUUCAACUACUUCACAUACGGAGUGGCUUCUUCAGAGGUGGAGAUUGACUGUCUGACCGGAGCUCACAAGAACCUGAGCACAACCAUAGUGAUGGAUGUCGGUCGCAGCCUCAACCCGGCGAUCGACAUUGGACAGGUGGAGGGGGGCUUCAUGCAGGGUCUGGGUCUCUUUACCAUAGAAGAGCUCCGUUAUUCCCCCAACGGUGUCCUCCUCACCCGGGGUCCCGGCUCCUACAAGAUCCCGGCCUCAGGGGAUAUCCCCACCCUGCUCACUGUCUCGCUGCUCAGGGACGCCCCCGACGAAAAGGCCAUCUUCUCCUCCAAGGCCAUCGGCGAGCCGCCACUCUUCCUGGCCGCCGCCAACUUCUUCGCCAUCAAAGACGCGGUGGCCACCGCCCGGCAGGAGUCCGGCCUGAAGGGUCCGUUCAGGUUCGACAGCCCGGCCUCCACCGAGAGGAUCCGCAUCGCCUGCAGCGACCAGUUCACUCAGCUGUGUCCUCCUGCAGAACCUGGUUCCUUCACCCCCUGGUCCGUACAGGUCUAAAACCAGAGAGGAAGCCACCACAGAAAACCUCAGCACAAUCGGCUGUUAUCACCCUACAUCUCACUAAGGAAGCUCUUGUAUAAACUAGGGCUGUCAAUAGAUUACAUUUAAUGAACUAAUUAAUCGCACAUUUUAAAAUUCAUUAAUCUUGAUUAAUGGUGAUUAAUGAAUGGUGUUGUAACUCUUCCAGCUAGCUUAGCCUAGCAGCUAGCUUAGCUUAGCGGCGCUUAAAGUGGUCUGUUUGCCACUCACCCCCCCCUUCUGUUUGACACGUGGAGGAAUUCCUCUGCACAGUUCUCACUCAGUUGUCACGUUUGUUUUACUUCCAAUGCAAAACGCUCUCUCCAUCUCGAGCUACCGUCUUGAUUCCUCCGAUGUAACUGACUGCAACUACGUUUUUACUACGUUCAAAUGUUUUGUUGCAUUAAUCUCGGCCACAUUAAUCGCAUAGAUUAACGCGUUUAUGUUGACAACUCUAGUAUAAACUAAUCCUUAGAUGAUUAAUAAGUCUUUACUCUGAUCGGCGCUGCACUUCUUCCUCCCUGUUCCUGUCUCAAUAAAACAUGAAAGUAUUUGCACUGUAUGAACCGAAAAAAAUAAAGGACAUUUUAUUGGAUGAUUA